CACCAUACACCGUACACUGUACACCGUACACUGUACACCGUACAGCACCGCACCGGGCCGGACCCGGCCGGGGACACCGCGGACACAGCAGCGGGGACAGCGCCGGGCGAGGCCGAUGCGGCGGCGCGGGGCCUGCGGGCUUGGGCUGGAGCAGUCUGCAGGAUGUGCCCCACCGCCAGCGCCAGAGCUUCCAGCUAUGCUGAGUGACAAUAACUCUGUGAAGCUAAAAAGUGACCGUUUACCUCCUGUGCAAUGGUUUAAGGUGGCUGCACAUGAAGAUGAGAAGACCAAGCUGGUUUUUAAAAGAAUCCUUGCACUGUUUGUGGUUGGAGGGUGCUUCCUUUAUAUCCUCAAGUUACAUUUUGACCCUGAGGAAUGUGACAGAACAAAAAUGCCGUAUGUGGACCUUGAUCGUGUGAGGAGGGCACAGCAAUUUGCCAGYGCUGCGUUGCAAGAGCAGUGCCGACCUUCUUAUGCGAAGAAAGAAAUGGGGAARUUGUUUGCAGAGAAAUACAGCAUGGACAUAUCUCCCUUUGUAAGAAAAAAUAUAAAUGARCAUGAAGCUUUAUUUAAAUAUGAACCCCCAUUUGGAUUUCACAAGUUCUUUGAUAAACUUAACGAUCUCCUUGAACUUUUGCCUGAGCAUGAUUUACCAGAAGAUUUGAAGUCAAAACACUGUAAACGUUGUGUUGUUGUUGGCAGUGGUGGAAUUCUUCAUGGAUCAGAGCUGGGUCAAUUAUUGAAUCAGUUUGAUAUUGUUAUAAGAUUAAAUGAUGCUCCAGUUCAAGGCUACACGGAUCAUGUUGGUAACAAAACAACAAUACGGAUGACUUACCCCGAAGGAGCCCCCCUUUCUGAGCACGAGUAUCCUCCUGCGAGCUUGUUUGUGGCUGUUUUGUUUAAAAGUGUUGAUUUCAAUUGGCUUCAAGCCAUAAUAAAAAACGAAACCUUGCCUCUGUGGGUGCGACUCUUCUUUUGGAAGGAGGUUGCUGAGAAAAUUCCUUUYGCAUCAAAGCAGUUUCGGAUUCUGAAUCCAGUCAUUAUCAAAGAAACAGCUUUGGACAUUUUACAGUUCCCUGAGCCUCGAUCAAAAUUCUGGGGUUGGGAUAAGAAUGUACCUACAAUUGGGGUCACAGCAGUUGUUCUGGCCACACAUUUAUGUGAUGAAGUGAGCUUAGCAGGAUUUGGAUAUGACCUGGAUCAGCCCAGCACACCUUUGCACUAUUACAACAACCUCUGCAUGGCUGCCAUGAAAGAACAAACUAUGCACAACGUGACAAGUGAAACAAAAUUCCUUCAAAAACUGAUCAAAGAAAAGGUUGUCAAAGACCUCACUGGRGGGAUACACUGUGAAUUCUGCAGCAAAGACAGCUAGUGACUGAUGUGCAGCAUGGRUAGAUUUAUUCAACUCCCAGAGGUUCAGCAAGAUCAACUCUUUCCCUAUCUUUAGUUCCUUAAAGUGUACAUAAAAUAGACGUGGAAUCCCUGCUGACUUUUUUAAUAUUCCAUUCAAGUUGUCAGACUUUUAAAUUAAUUUUCAUGCCAGAUUUUACUUUGCACAUUUCUGUGAAUAGCUAUGUAAAUAUGACUUGGAGUUGAAAGACAUCCAUUUAAAGUAUUUAAUGUUUUAAGUUGUCUGAAUAAAAGCAGGUUAUUUUUUUUUCAGAUGUAUAUGGAACCCACGUGGCUGGCCUGAAUUGUCUAACACUAUACAAGAGUUAUUUCCCACUUAUUUACUGUCUUUGUUGAUCCAGGUCUUGGUGUCUUGACUCCUUUUCAUGAAAAGAAAGGCAAAUGCUUCUCAAGUCUUACAUGUCUUGAACUUGAGCAUUGCAUUUCCCCCUCAGAUAUUUACAUUCUUUUGGUUUUGUGUUAAUACAUUAUUUUUGGAGGUGAAGGAGAAAUGUACGAGUUGAAGGAAAAGGACCUGUUGUGGCAACAGAGUAGUAACUAUUUUCAUGAUGGAUGUUAAAAUCAUUGCUGUAUUAAUGUAUUGGGUUAGAAUCCUGCUUUGUGAAGCGUGGUUGGGCCCAGGGCACUCCAGAGGGGGAUUUAGCCAGGAGRAGGCUUGAACCCAAACCAGGUCCUUUGUCAUUUCCACUCCUGAAGACCCAUCUCAAUGUUUCUAACUAGAUGAUUUGCAGCAGAGUUCAACUACCCCAAUUAAAGAAGUGGCAUUAAUACAAAAUAUGCCCCUUUAAAUUUAUUUUUUGAGUGACUUAAGAAUUGCUGGUUCUAUAAAAUACUAGUUUGUAUGAAUCAUGUAGCAAUCUAUGACAAAGUUACAGUUUUCACUGGUUAGCUUGAUGAUCCUUAAGUAAUUAAUUAUAGAUAUUGUCACCUUUAUCAUUUGCAAUGCUGAUAACCCUUGUGAAGUCCAUAUGGACCUUUUCAUUGGAGAGGUAAAGUUGUUGCUUUUUCUCCAGGUCAUUGGAUGAGUGUGUAAGUUAAGAAGAAAAUCACUUUAAAAAAGUAGUAUAAUCUAGUAACAAGCUAGAUAACUACUGAAAACAGCAUAUUUUAAAAAAACAAAAAGAGAAAAGAAAGCUAUAGAUGUAAGUUCUUGGGAGUGGAAAUCAGUUCACUGCAAAGACACUGUGCAAAUCUGUAAGCAAGUUUUUAUGUUAAUUUUAAUUUUGUUAUUAGUAGAGUAUCAGGUAUGACUGUUUGCACUGAGGAGUGGUGUUAAUCUACAGUAUGUGAAAAGCUUUCUUUGGAUCUGAAAGCUUGUUAGCAAAUUGAUCAAAGGUUGGCCUAGAAAUGUCAUUCAUAGUCAUGGACUCUUCACAUGGUCAAUGUUCYCACUUGUUUUUUUUUGUUAUGGACAAAGAUAUGAAUGUAGUUGUAGUUCCAGAUUUUCAAAAUACUCAUGUGGAAAUGCCAGAUUAGUGUGGCUGUGUUUUGGUUUUUUAUUCUGUGGAGAGAAGUUCUAAUGAAUGAUGAUGCUAGAAUGCAGGAGCAGCAGUCUGAUGCUCACUGUUUUAUACUAAGAAGCCAUAAAAGGACAUCAGAUCAUAAAACAUAUCUGAAUAAAGUUGUGAUCCUUAUCUUUAGUAAGUCCCACAUACCUACACAUCCUUGAAAGUCAGUUGUGGGUAGUGAACAGAUUUGAAAAUUAAAAAUUCUUGUCUCUGGCACUGUCUGUGUUCAUAGCAAUAAUAUUGAUCUARCCUCCUCCUCCAUGAAAAGCAUAAUUUUUAUACUAGCAAUAAAUUUCUAGUAUGRUUUUUUUUUUGUAAGUCUAUUAUAUUAUUUAAUUUAAAGAUAUUUCAUGUGUGAAGAGUUUUAUACAAAUAGUCUUUUAGUUAAUAUAUUGAAAUGUGGUAACUAUUUUCUCCUGGUAUUUAAACUGGAAGCAGAACACCUUAGUUUCAAUUARUAAUAAUGAAAUUUUGGAAGAUUUCAGAACGCCUGUGUUGAGGGAAUGUCCUGAAUACACCCGAAGUCUGUGUUUCUGAGCACCUGGUCCCUCACCGGUUUGUUUUAUUCAGCAACUUAAAAAUAAUCAGUUGAUUAAUGUAAAUGCCAAUAGCUUUUUGGAGAUGCUGUAUGUACUGUCAAAUUCUCAAAUUAUGUUGAUGUAGAAUCAGAUUUCCUACCUGGUUUAUGGCUUGUGAUAAAACCUUGUUCCCCAUGGUAAUCUGUGCAAACUUGACACUCCAUUAAAUGACAGCAAAAAGCAAUAAACUGAUGA